GGUAAAUAUUUCGACCACUCAUGAAACAAACCAUGAAUGAAUUAUCCAGCUUUUCGAGCAGUAGAUAAUAUAGCUGAGAAAAUGAUAGUGACUCUUUUGUUUCUCUUUAAUGCAACGUACAGUGGGCAUUCUAACAAUGUAACUGACAUUUUCACUUCAACUUCCCCAUCAUUGCAGAAUAAAAACCAGCCAGCCAGCCUUUCUUCCUUUCUUAUGUGAAACUUCAACAUAUAAAUGUCACAAGACUCUGCCAGCUUACACUUCUCCGAGUCCGAUGAGUCGCGGUCAAGCGGGUCCGAUGAGGGUUCGUUAGAGACUGAUGGGAGUUUCAGGCUCUGCCUGCGGAAUGAGGGGAACGUGGAACUAGACCUGGAGAGCGGAGAAGUGAAAAUGGCGGUGAAAAAUACGGGAAAAAUAAAUUGUAACGAAAUUUUGGAGGAAAGGGAGUGCAGGAUUUGUCAUUUGAGUUUAAUGGAGUCAUGUUGCGGUGCUGCUAUUGAAUUAAAGUGUGAGUGUAAGGGUGAUCUCGCUGCUGCUCAUCAACAUUGUGCCGACACUUGGUUCAACAUCAGAGGAAACAGAAGCUGUGAGAUUUGUGGUGCCAUUGCACGCUACGUUUCCAAAGAAGACAAGAGGAAAGAUGAGGUGAAUGACAGUGGAGGAGGUGUUGCAGAAGUGACCAUAGGACCAGAGGAGAUUCAGUACGAGACACGAAGGAAUAAUCGUGGUCGUAGGAUCAUGAAUUUUCUUCUUUCGUGUAUGAUUCUGGGCUUCGUUAUUUCUUGGCUCUUUCACUUUCAUGUCCUCCCCUGAUCAUGCCAAGUAAUUUUCAUUAAUAUUUAACAGCAAGAAAA